CACAGACUCCCGAAGAAGCAAAAGUGGCUUUACCUUGCUGCUCUGGCUGCCAAAAAACCUGCCCUGCACGUUUUUCUUAGUUUAAGCUGUUAAGAGGAAGGAAACAUCUCACACACAGGCCUCAUUUUCUGCAUGUAAAAUGUGUGUGUUCUUUAAAAGCCAGUGGUUGGCUGGUUUUCCGGACAUGAUGUGGUUGAAGCUGUCAUCGUAAUGGAAAUUCAUUGCUGUAGCUAUGGUAAAUCGAGUUUUCUGCCUGUGCUGAAUGCAUUAGUCUAAUGAGAUGUUUGCAGCUGGAGAGCUGAGCUGCAGGAGACGUACAGUGUAGCCACUAAGAGACAGGGAGAAGAUGGCUUGCGCGAUAGUCCAUGUGCGUGUCCUGAAAGUCCUCUGUCCUCUGGGUCAACAGUCUGGGUCCCGAUAAAGAAACUGAUCAGAGUUCUAAAAUAAAGUAAUAGCACCUCCUCUGCAUAUAAAUAACCCGUCAUCACUGCUUACGAGACUGGUAAUGGCUGAAAUGCAAUCUCCAAGGAUAGCGGGGAGAAAACGAGGCAGACCCCCACUUCACUCGGCACCAAUGAAAAUGGCGGUCCACAACCUUUACUCUGCUUCUGCCUGUUCCUUACCAGUUGUGAAGAUCCCAAAGAAGCGAGGCCGAAAACCUGGGCACAAGCUGAAGUCUCGUGUUCUAAUGACUCCUUUAGCAAUCUCUCCUCCGAGAAGCACACCGGGGCCCGAUGUCAGCUCCAUCCCCCAGGAUGCAGCCGCCAUACCCACCUCGGCAGCAGCGCAGGCGCUCACAGUUUGCAUUUAUGUCAACAAACAAGCCAACUUGGGGCCAUACCUGGAGAGGAAGAAGGUACAACUGCUCCCGGAGCACUUUGGGCCUGAGAGGCCCUCAGCAGUCCUGCAGCAGGCGGUUCAGGCAUGCAUUGAUUGUGCACACCAGCAGAAGACAGUCUUCUCCCUGGUCAAGCAGGGAUAUGGUGGCGAAAUGGUGUCCGUCUCAGCUUCUUUUGAUGGGAAACAGCAUCUCCUGAGCCUGCCGGUGGUGAGCAGCCUUGGCUGUGUCUUAAGCUUCCUGAGGAAGCUGUGUCAGAGCCUGUUGUGUGAAAACCUCUUCAGCAGCCAGCCUCUCCCCCAAUACCCCGGGGCUCCUGAGAACGGCCCACAUUAUGAGGACUGGAGGAUGGAGUCAGCCAAAGCUGUCAUCUCGGAAGAUUACCUGGUGGACCCUAUGGGUAUGAAGCGCUACAGUGUGGACCCCUCUGAUUCAGCCUUCAAUUGCACGGGCUCUUCCUCUUCCUCCUCCCUCUACUCUGGGAGGCUGAACUCCGGAGAUGGAUGCCUUGGGAGAGGCCUUGCUACUUCCUCCUGCAGUCAUCGCUCUGGCCCCCUGUCUUCUGGGGGCCCCUCAACUGUUGGUCUGAGGCACCAAGCAUCCAGCCUCAUGAGGAAUGCCACUUAUUUGGAAGGAAACAAAAGUGCCUCAAGUCCUUCUCCAGAUGGACAAGAUACAUCCCGGCCCACCAGCAAGAAUCCCUCUACCUGGACUGUGGAAGAUGUAGUCUGGUUUGUGAAAGAUGCUGACCCUCAGGCCUUGGGACCUCACGUGGAGCUCUUCAGAAAACAUGAAAUUGAUGGCAAUGCAUUGUUACUGCUCAAGAGUGACAUGAUCAUGAAAUAUUUGGGCUUGAAACUAGGGCCUGCCCUGAAACUUUGCUACCACAUUGAUAAACUCAAGCAGUCCAAGUUCUGAGAUUCUCUGGAGCAUAGAAGCCACAUGCUGACAUCAUGUAAAAGGGUGGAAUUUAAGGUAAUUUGCUGCCUUACCAACCACAAAAUUAUUUUCUCCUUAAAACAAAACAAAACAAAGACUUU